AUGCCAAUGAACGACAAUAACGUGUCACAAAAUUAUAUUCUUCAAAAGAUUAACCAAGGAGUCACAGCUGCCGCUGUCAUGGGAAAUGACGCACCACCUUCGCAUUCAAAAUGGCGUUAUUCGAACCUCGUUGGAUUAGGUAUCGUGGAACCAAAAAAACCUAUUGAAAAACAUUGGACGUAUUCGGAGGGUCAGAGGGGUAUGUAUGGUGAAGAUGAUGAAGUGAUGGAUGACGCACCACGAGAACCAUCGGAAUUAGGGCUACACUAUGAAAAUCAGUAUAAGCCACCUAAUCAUCAACAAGCGGCACCACGACAAGAUGCACUACGACAAGAUGCGUUACGACAAGAUGUGCUACGGCAAGAUGCACUACGACAAGAUGCGUUACGACAAGAUGUGCUACGGCAAGAUGCGCCACGACAAGAUUCGCUACGACAAGAUUCGCUACGACAAGAUUCGCUACGACAAGAUUCGCUACGACAAGGUGCGCUCCGACAAGAUGUGCCACGACACGAUAUUCCACGACAAGAUACGCCACGACUAUACAGGAAUGAUGAUCUAAAACUGGCAAAAGAUACAUCUGCGAAACCGAACAUAGCAGAAGUAACGUUUCGAUUAGUGGGCAGCGGCUUCAGACGCGCUGAAGCUUUAAUAGUCGACAUAAACUCGUCUAAUUCCACCGAUAUGUCAAGCUCGUACUAUCCCAACAGCUCAUCAAGUAGUCCUGCUUCCGCAAAUUCGCCGUCGACACCAGAUGACCCUUUACUCAGCCCGUUGUUAGAACUGAAUGAAGCACUCACGUCUCAAGUAAAGACGGUGAAAAGUAGUAAAAGUUCCGAUUCAGUGAAGGCAAAGCCAGAUAAUGGCGGUUGGAAGGAGAGUUGGGCACAAGGAUACGCCGACAUUUGGUGA